CUCGGGCCCAGCCCACCAGUAAAGCUGUAUAAGCACAGGGUCGACGGGACGGACGGAAGCGGCGCAUCGUCGUACGGGGAGGUCCGCAGUGACAUUACGAUGAGCUACAAACCCAUUGCCCCUGCCCCUUCCGGCUCCAACCACACCCCGCCAGGUUUCUGCCGAAUGUCAAUCGGUUAUUUUGUGUCCACUAUUCUUGCUAUCAAGGGUGCACCAAUAGAAACAUAAUUUCUAUGGAUGCACCCUCUACACUACCCAUCUUUGGUUUGGUCUUCACCCAUCUUACUGAACUCUCUACCUUACCACAGUGGAUUCCAUUCAAUAGAUAAGACUAGCGGUCCUAUCCCUGCGACCUGCCCAGAGACUAGCCCAGGGAACACACUACACGUCAACGGCCAACCUGAGUGUCAUAUACUACCAACCAUAAUGUAACAAUCCCUCUCACCUGAGAAUGAAUGCGCCACCGAUGCCACGCAGCCUUUAUGCCCCUGCCUCCCAUUUUAAAGAUGAUGUUAACUAGUCAUAGGUGAUGUUAACUAGCCAUAGGGCGCUUCAGUGCGUCUGAAUUUUCUCUUUCCUCUGCCUAGGCUCCAGUGUGCCUUCCCCCUCACUCCCCUCCUCCUCCAACUUCAGACCCGCGUUCAGUGAUUUCGGCCCGCCGUCGAUGGGCUUCGUUCAGGUAGGACAGAACAGCCUGACUCCUCUCCAACUGCUUUAACUAAUGCCUAUGAUACUUUAGAAAGUCAUGUUAAAUAUGAUGUGAUGUCAUUCAGGGUAUUAUAUCAAUAGGGUCCAGGUAUCACUACCACAUACAAAACAGAUUUGAUUUGUUGGCGAGUAUGUUUAUUUGCAUAACUCGUCACGGCAAUUAUCCCUCUGUAUCUCUACUCUUCUGUACGAUAUAAAGGGACUAUAUCUUGCUCAGGAUCAAUAGGGAGUUGUAGUUGCUUUUACUCUUUUCCAACACAUACCUUUGUCUCUUAUCCCCCUCUCUCUCACACACAGCCAGUGAAAGUGUCUCAGGGCUCAACCUACAGCGAGCUGCUGUCAGUCAUUGAGGAGAUGAGUCGCGAGAUCCGCCCCACCUACGCCGGGAGUAAGAGCGCCAUGGAGAGGCUAAAGAGA